GGGAGAACCAUCAGAGCAGAGAAAAGCUGUGGACAUUCACAAGAUGGUGAAGAUGCAGUGGAGUCUGUUUGUGUUCAUUGUGAUGGGUCAGUGUUCCUCCAUUGGGGGUCAGCUGUAUGACUACCACUUCAUUGGAGAGAAUAAGACCUGGAAAGAAGCCCAGGAGUAUUGCAGAAAGAACCACACUGACCUGGCCACAGUGUCUAACCAGACAGAUAUGAAGAGACUCCUUAACUCCACGACUGCACGGUAUGCAGACGGAGCCUGGAUUGGGCUGCAAGAAAACACAACAAACAUCGUGUGGCGCUGGUCUCAGCCAAGGGUGGAGUUCAACAAGAGUGAGAGUAACUGGUAUCAAGGACAGCCAAAUAAUGUAGACGAUCAGGAGAUCUGUGUGAGGAUGAAUGGUGGGACAUGGGAUGACGACUCUUGUUCUAACAGCUAUGAAUUUAUCUGCUAUGACGAAAACAGAAAAUCUGGGAAAACAUUUUUUAUCAGUCACAACAAGAUGAACUGGCCAGAGGCUCAGAGGUUCUGCAAAGAAAAUUACACUGACCUGAUCAGUGGAGUCAAACAGCUAGAAGACUUCAAGACACAGCGCCAGAAUGAUGCAGAACCUUUCUGGAUCGGCCUGUUCAGACACUGCUGGAGUUGGUCAGAUGGGAGCAGUUUCUCUUUCAGAUCCUGGGAUAAAGGUCAACCUGAGAAGACAGGUGCUGUGACUACGUCUAACAAGAAAUGUGCUACGACUACGUUAGAUGGAAAAUGGAGCUCAGAUGACUGUGAUAAUAAAAAACCCUUCUUCUGCAACUGUCAGAGUUCCUCCAUUGGGGGUCAGCUGUGUGACUACCACUUCAUUGGAGAGAAGAAGACCUGGAAAGAAGCCCAGGAGUAUUGCAGAAAGAACCACACUGACCUGGCCACAGUGGCUAACCAGACAGACAUGAAGAGACUCCACUACAAUCUACUGUAUCCAGCCGGAGCCUGGAUUGGGCUGCACGACAAAACACCAAACUUCGUGUGGCGCUGGUCUCAGUCAGGGGUGGAGUUCAAAGAGAGUGAGAGUGAAUGGUCUCCAGGACAGCUGAAUAAUGUAGGCGAUCAGGAGAACUGUGUGAGGAUGAAGAAUGACAUAUGGGAUGAUGACUCCUGUACUACAACCUAUAAAUUUAUCUGCUAUGACGAACACAAGAAAACCGGCAAAACAUUUUAUAUCAGUGAUGAUAAGAAGACCUGGCUAGACGCUCAGAGGUUCUGCAGAGAACAAUACACUGACCUGAUCAGUGGAGUCCAACAGAUAGAAGACUUCGAGACACAGCGCCAGAAUGAAGCAGAACCUUUCUGGAUCGGCCUGUUCAGAGACUCUUUCUGGAGUUGGUCAGAUGGGAGCAGUUUCUCCUUCAGAUCCUGGGAUCAAGGUCAACCUGAGAAGACAUGUGCUAUGACUACGUCAGAUGGAAAAUGGAGCUCUGAUGACUGUAAUAAAACCAAACCCUUCUUCUGCUACAACGAUUCAGUGAUCCUGAUCAACCAGAGCAUGAUCUGGGAGGAUGCGUUAUACUACUGCAGACAUCACCAUGGCGACCUUGUCUCCAUCACCAACCAGGACGAUCAGCGCUGGGUCCAGGAGAGAGCCAAGAUGGCCUCCACUCCCCACGUGUGGAUGGGACUGCGCUACACCUGCACUCUGGACUUCUGGUUCUGGGUCAGUGACGAGACGGUCCACUACAAGAACUGGGCCCUCCCCCAGUCUGGGAACGACUGCAACAUGUCUGGAGCCAUGGACCGAAAUGGAACUUGGGUCAAAUUGAUCGACGAUGACCACCAGCUUAACUUCAUCUGUUCCAAGUAAAAACCAGCAGAAUGUAACUAAGUACAUUUACUCAAGUACUGUACUUCAGUAAUAAUGUUGGUGAGAUGAGGCACUUUACUUAUAGCUCAAAGUUAAUAUUUCAACUAAGUUACAUUUUAACAGUGUGGGAUUAAUACUUUGACUUAAGUUAAGGAUGUGUUUUAUUCAUUUACUCACUUUGUUUGCAGUGGUGUGACGUUGACAUACUGUGUGUCCUCUGGGAUUAUUGAAUGGCAUUCUGGGAAAUGUAGGAACUUAUAUCUCAAAGUAAAUAUUUCA